AUUGCAAACAUUCGUCCGACUGACCUCGGAUUGGUGGGUCUAGAUGAAGGAGUGACAAUAGACUGUCAGGCUGAGGGAGAAAACAACCCGAAUCAAGUUAGGAGAGGAACCAGUCCUGCGUUAGGUCGAGGAGUUGUGAGCCCGUUUAGAGUAACGUAGCUAUCCCUUUACUUCAGGAUAACUUUAAGAUUAUUCUUUCAACACUUCGCAGACGCAACCAUGUCCUCGGAUUUACGCACGCGGAACAUUUUCUUUUUAAAUCGGAUAUUUGGGUUCGUCUCUGUUUUUCUGUGCGUUGCUGGAGCCAAGGAGCCCGUACCCCACAAUCCGCAAACGCUGGCCGUGUCCGUCCCACACCUCUACUACACCUGCCCCGAGGGCGCCACCGCCAAGCUGAUUUGUGCCCAGCGGGGGGCCAUUCUGCACGCCGACGACAUGCUCAAACACAACUGGCUGUACACGCCGCACGCCCAUCAGCACUGCCACGUGUUCGUGGGCCCGCGACACACCCCACCGGGCCACCAGAACGACCAGCUCGGGGUCUCCUUAGACGAAGGGAAGCAGGACUUCUCGUUGACCCUGAAGAACGUCACUGCCAAGGACCAGGGCCGCUACUGCUGCGUUGCGGUGGAGACGACAAAACAACACCACAAGGCUGUGCAGAGGCACCACGGACACAUCGUGAUGCUCGUCACCCCAAGGGCAAACGCAUCUCAGGAAUGCACCAUGUGGGAUCCACAGCCGACUGAAAGCUCCGUGGCUGCCGCUCUGGCCACCACUGCCUGCAUUGUGGCACUCCUUUCUCUGCCGCUCAUCAUGCUUCUGGUCUACAAACAGAGGCAGCAUCACAGGUCCAGCAGACGUGCACACGAGCUGGUCCGAAUGGACAGUGAGGCCCAGGGCCAUGAGAACCCCGUGUUCCUGGGGGGGUCCCCUCAGCCCAGGACCCGGACCGUUUCUCAGAUCAUGACCCGGCAGUCGUCUGAGACGGGGCGCCACCUGCUGUCCGAGCCGGGAACCCCCUUAACCCCCCCUGUGCACGGAGACGUCUUCUUCCCAAUACACGAUGCCAUUCUGGAAUCCCCAGAAUUCUCUGCGCCCCUGUCCCCCUGGACACCAUGAGGCCCCGUGGAGCCCUUCCUCUUCCUCUGUCUGUUACCGGGGGCAAUGGUCGUCCUCUUCGUCACGUCUUCCAUUCCAUUCCAUUUCAUUCCAUCCCGCCCAUUGAGAGGGGUGUGUGUGUGAGUGUGUGUGUGUGUGUGUGUGUGUGUGUGUGUGUGUGUGUGUGUGUUUGUGUGUUUGGCACUGUGCCGGUUAGGAGCGUGUGUGUGUAUGUGUUGGUUUGGAGCAUGUGUGUGUGUGUAUGUGUGGCACUGUGUUGGUUUGGAGCAUGUGUGUGUGUGUGUGUGUGUGUGUGUGUGUGUGUGUGUGUGUGUGUGUGUGUGUGUGUGUGUGUGUGUGUGUGUGUGUGUGUGUGUGUGUGUGUGUGAUAACAGCUCAUGGAACAACAGGUGACCUGCUCUCUGCGGCCUGGCCCUGGCGGUCUGUCCGUCUGUCUCAGUGUGGGACAGAAUAAGGGAAAUAAGCAGAGAAGGGGCGGGGGCAUUCCACUGGUGGAAUUAUUGUGUAGCAGUCUCUUGUACCGGGCAUCAUUCAAUUCUUCUUGUUUCAUGUGACUCAGGAGUCUACCUUCCCCCCCCCCCCCCCCCCCUCAUCCUCAUCCUCUCCAUAUGGCUUCAGGCUGUUUUUAUUAUUGUUUUGCCUUUGCUACCUCAGUUUCUGCCACCUGUUGUGAAACAAACACAUCAGCGCUGUCUUUCUCAGGACCUCCGCUCCUGAGUCCAGCACUUAACAGCGGUUGUAGGAACCUCUUUGGUCAGUGCCUUAUAUUUACAGUAUGUUACAGUAUUGAUAUCUUGGAUAGGUCUUUUGCAGCAGGAAAGUCUGAUGCCGUCAAAUAUGGAUGUCAAAUUCGACGUUGAAUUUAACAGGUAUUAUAUAUAUAUAUAUAUAUAUAUAUAUAUAUAUAUAUAUAUAUAUAUAUAUAUAUAUAUAUAUAUAUAACUUUACAUUUUUAUUUUCUGUAUGAAAGAGAUUUUAUUGUACAAGAGGCUUCUCCCUUCUCCCUCCAAAAUAAUUUGGUUAAUGGCUUUAAACUUUAAAAUGUUUUUAAACGUUAUUUCAUUUUUGAUGUGCUUCCUGGUUUCAGCAGCGUUGUAUUCCAUGCCGCAGGGCUGCAUUUUACAGGGUAUUGUAGAUAUUUAGUACAGUGUGUUCUGGCUUUUUAGCUCUGUGUGUGCGUGCGUAUGUGUGUGUGUAUAAUGUGUGUGUGUGUAUACAUGUGUGUGUGUGUGUAGACGUGUGUAUACGUGUGUGUGUGUGUGUGUGUGUGUGUGUGCGCGUGUCUGUCUGCGUGUGUGUAUACAUGCGCGUGUGCAACUUAUAAUGUCUCCUGCUGUACAAAGCUUGUUGAAUGCUGCUGCUAUGUGUUCGUGUUCUGUGGCUCUACCACCGAAACGCCCGCAAAAAAACCACAACAUCGUAUAUCCCUGUACUUCUCUGAUAAUAAAAAAGGAGUUCUUGUC